AGACAAUGAAGCUCAUAGUCAGAUUCCCAAAAGAUAAACAAAAAGGGGCAAUAUCAAAACAAAGAUUGAACGUCCACCACAUGUAACACCAUGGUGGUUGUCUCCUCUCUCCACUCUUCCUCCAUCUACUACAACCCAAUUUCUCCCUCUCUUCUUUACUUUCGACGUUUCUAUACAUUUCCCUCUACAAGGAAUAAUCAUAAAGCAGCUUCCAACUCCAAUGGCGGUGCCGUCUUGCUCGUCAAAGCUUAUAUGGAUGAAACGACAAAUCCAAUUUCCAGUUUCGCUAAUAAGGUCAUCGGCUCACUCCCUGUUUUUGGUCUCAUAGCCAGAAUUGUUAAUGAGGAAGGUGGUGUUGGUGGCGAUUUUAUUGAUUUUGCUGAGUUCAGGAGGCGGGUCGGUAACAAGUGCUCCAUUAAUGAUUCAAGAGCUUUUUAUGAAUUUCGAGAUCGACGUGGCAAGACAGGGGAUCCGCUGUAUGUGCUACUGUGCUGUUGGUUAGCUGCAGUGGGAGCUGGUUUACUCAAAUCUGAAGAAAUAUUGGAGGGGGUAGCAAGGCUUAGUUUAGCAAAUGAUAUUGAGUUUGAAGAGCAAAACUUUAUUGCAAUGAUGAAUGAAGCAAGAGAGAAGCGAGCAAAGUUGGGAGCUCCUGCACCUACAAUCCCCAUGGAACUUCGAGCUGAGAAAGCUCUGGAAGCUAUACAUGUGUGUUGCUAUGGAAGGGAUCUGAUUGAAGAAGAAGAUGAAAAACUGCUAAGUACCAUGCUUAAUGCUGUCUUUCCCACAGUCGGGCAGCAAAAGGUAGAAAUCAUUGUCAAAGAGAAGGCAAUGAGAGUGGCAGAUGGAACUGAAGAAAUCAAAUAUACAGAGCCCAAGCAAUUAUCAAAAGAAGCAGUUCAGCUGCAAAUGAAAGACCUUGAAUUUCUUAAGCAAAACAGUUUGAAUCAGUGAGGCAUGAAACUUGUUAUCAUCUCAAAUGACAAAUCUUCUUCACACAAUGCUGUCAACUAAUUUAACAGUGCAUGUGUAUGCUCCCUGCUCUCUCUCUCUUUUGUGAUCAGUCUGCGUUUUCUACUUGCAAUUGAAAGAUACAGUAGCUCUAAUUUGUAUACAACUAUACAAGAAUUACCUAUUACUACUUGCUAUAUACUAGAGUUAGCUGAACAACUGUUCAAACGAUUACUCGUAAAAAGAAUCAAAAGCUUGAACCUUUUUGUUUCUCUACA